AUUCGAAGAUAGCGAAAAAAAACUUUAAGUGUAAAAAAAUCUGCCACAAUUAAUAGGAAAUAAGUUAGUAAUAGGAAGUGAAAGGCUCAAAAAACAUUAAAUAUUGGUUGGGAGAAUCGCAAAUCAACUGCACAUCAUGGAUAAAAAGGCAAAGAACGCGGCAAUACGUAAUGAAUGCGUGCAGGUGAUUGUGAGAUGUCGACCAUUAAGCAAUAAAGAAAAGGCGGGAGCGUAUCAGCAAGUCGUCGAAGUUUACCCGAAUCGAGGUGUGAUUGAAAUUCUGAAUCCAACAGAAACAACAAGAGAAAAUAAAAAGAUGUUCACAUAUGAUGCUGUUUACAAUGCAAUCUCAACACAACAAAAUAUUUACGAUGAAGUUAUAAGACCAUUGGUGUCAUCUGUCCUUGAAGGAUUUAACGGCUGCGUAUUUGCGUAUGGUCAAACUGGAACGGGUAAGACAUUUACAAUGGAGGGAACGAGAGAAAGUCCCGAACAAAAGGGAAUCAUUCCUCGUACAUUCGAACAAAUCUGGUCGCACAUCAAUCGUACACAAAACAUGAAUUUUCUUGUCGCUGUUUCAUAUCUUGAAAUUUACAUGGAAGAGUUGAGAGAUUUGCUUAAGCCUGGAAAUAAUCAUUUAGAGUUACGUGAACGUGACAAUGGAAUUUACGUCCCAAAUUUACAUUCCGUGUUAUGUAAAAGUGUUGAUGAAAUGCUCAAAGUGAUGAAUAUGGGAAACAAGAAUCGAACUGUUGGUUUCACUAAUAUGAAUGAGCACAGUUCAAGAUCUCAUGCCGUUUUUCUCAUAAAGAUUGAAAUGUGCGAUGUUGACAGCACAGCAGUGAAAGUUGGUUGUUUAAAUCUCGUCGAUUUAGCGGGAUCAGAAAGACAAAGUAAGUCUGGCGCAACAGCGGAACGAUUGAAAGAAGCAAGUAAGAUAAAUCGAGCUUUGUCUUCAUUGGGAAAUGUCAUCAGUGCAUUGGCUGAGAAGUCACCUCAUGUUCCAUAUCGAGAUUCAAAGCUUACACGCCUUCUACAAGAUUCCCUCGGUGGUAAUUCAAAGACAAUUAUGAUUGCGAAUAUUGGACCGUCAGAGUAUAAUUAUAAUGAAACAUUGACAACACUUCGUUAUGCACAUCGAGCGAAAACAAUUCAAAACAAACCAGUUAAAAACGAAGACCCACAAGAUACUCAACUUCGCGAAUAUCAAGAAGAAAUUGCGCGUCUUAAGAAACUUAUCACUGAGCGACAGUCUAAAGAGAAGCCAAUUCCGAAACGUAAGAAAACUGCGAGAAUUCGUAAAACUUCUGAAUCAGAAAAAUCAGAAUCGGAAGAAGAAGAAAUUGACGAUUCGAUAAGUGAAAAGCAACAGAUUCAAGCACUUGAUGCUGAGGCAAUUCAAGCAAUUGAACGUGAAAAAGAAGUCACAAAUGAAUUAGCGAGUAAACUUCAAGAACUUGAGGGUCAGUUGAUUCGAGGUGGUAAAAACAUUCUCGACACUUAUACAGAACGACAAAUGGAGUUGGAAAACAAAUUAUCAGAAAUUGCUGAGAGAAAAAAACGUGAAGUUGAAAUGCAACAACAAUUGGAAUUGCAAGAAGAAACGACAACAGAAAUUCGUGAAACUUUUACAUCACUUCAACAAGAAGCUGAGUUGAAAACACGCAAAUUAAAGAAAUGUUAUGCAAAAUGUAUGGCAUUGAAACAGGAAAUUCAAGACACAAAAGAAGAGCACAAUCGUGAUCGACGUGAACUGGAAAUGACGCAAAAUGAAUUGAUUAAGGAGCUUAAGAGAUUGUUGUUGAUUAUCGAUAAUUUUGUUCCAUUGGAAGUGAAGUCGCGUCUUUACACUCAAGCACAUUACGAUGAAGAACUUGAAGAGUGGAAUAUUAAUGGAAAUCUUCUCAAUGAGAAUCAAUUUAAGUCACGUCCAGUUGCACAUUCACAGAAUCGUCGACCAAUGUCGGAAUAUGCUUUAAAUUCAAUUAAAUCAAAUGUUGGAAAUGUUGUGAGAUUUAAGAAUGAAAAUAUUGUCAAUCAUGAACUUGAUAUGCCGCUAAGAACGACUUAUGAGUAUAAAAACCCGAAAGUUUCCGCAAGUCUUCAAGCAGUGCUUGCUGAAGCGAUGAAAACUGAAGACGACAUUGACAUAACUGAACAGUCUUAUGCAAGUCAAAUGAAAGCUCGAUUAAAUCGAAUUACAAAUCCACAACCACAAGAGCCUCAAGUCAAUGCAAGAAACAAUGGCCCUAUGAGAGUCCGAACUGCAUCGGAGGCACGACCGAGUCUAGUCGAAACAAAGAAAGCUCAAUCAGCUGUCAAGCAUUAUCCAAAAACACGAGGAUUGAUUCCAAAAUAAGAAGAGUUCCUCAUUUAAGUUUCGUAUAAAUUAAUGUCCUAAUCAUGAAUUUGCAUCAUUUUGUCAUGUCGCAAUAACAUUGCCGCUUGCCUUCCUUUCACCUAAACACAUACACAGCAUUUAGAGUUCAUCAUCCCACUGAGAUUUUUCACCGAUUCAUAACUUAAGAAAUCUUAUUGUGCAAUUUUUGAUGCUAAUCAAGAAAGAAUGAAAAUUUGCCAGCAACUUCAUCACGGAAGAUUCCAAACACACAUUGGCUGUAAGUUUUUUUGUUGUUGAUGUUGCAAGCGAUGGAGAAUGAAAGAAAAGUCAAAUUAACUUAACAUUUAAGUUUCUUUAUUUAUUGUGAUUUUUUUCACUCUUUCGUUCAUUUCAUUUUAAUUUAUUUACUUAACGAUGGUUGUUGAAAGUUUUAAUUUUAGUCAGCUUAUUUAAAAAUACAAAAUGAUAAUCUUCACUUCUAAGUUAACGAUUAUGAAUUUUAAAUUAUGAUUUAUGCAAUAUUAAUUGAUAAGAAUGAAAUGGCUAUAAAGAAGAUUUAUUAAGCUUUUUUAGCUUAGAAUAUUUAUUAAUUGUAAUCGAAAUAAAAGAAAUUAUGUAAACAUUAAUGUUUAGUAGCAAAGAAAAAUAUUUUUUGUCGUAUCUAUAAAUCAAACAUUUGUAAAUUGAAUUCAAUGCUUUCAGCAAAAUUCGAGAAUAAAUAAAAAAGAUUGUCGUUUAAAUAUUUAUUGGAUACGACAUCUAUCAAAUA